CCCUAGAAGAAUGACGUACAAUAAAACCCCGAUGACGGUAGGGUAGCCACGACUUUUUUGAGGUUAUAUUUUUUUGUGAGGUUAUGUCUAUAUAAUAAAAAUAAUUGCCCUAUAUGGAAUAGUUAUGUAAAUACACUAAAAAGAACCUCACACUGAACUUAAAACCCUCAUUAAAUCAAUUGCAGUUUAAUCUGAGGAAAUUUUAAAUGCGAAAGUUAUUUUUGGGACCCUAAUCCGACAACAGAUUAAUAUCGAAACCGCUCCUGCUGCGACACUUAAUAGUACAUUAACCAUGUCGUUUCCAACGAAAGACGAGAGGGCCAAGUGCUGGGGCUCCAGAGAUAAAUAUUGGGAGUGUUUGGAUCAAAACGGUGACGAAUCGCAGUGCAAAGUGUUUAGAAAGUUGUAUGAAGAAAACUGUUCGGGGCAAUGGGUCAAGCACUUCGACCGCAGAAGGAAUUAUUUAAUAUUUAAGGAAAAAAUUGAGAAGCAUGGGUAUGAACCGACCGAUGAUAAUAAAAGUUAAUGUUAAAUUAAGACAUGGUCAUGUUGGUGCUUGAGUUGUACGUUAAUAGAAGAUUUAUGUCUUAAUUUAAUGGUUAAUUUGUUAUUUAGUUUCAAUAGUUUUCUUGUUCAAUAAAUUCGAUGUGGGUAUAGUGA